AUUGGGCAAUAAGACGACAUUAGCUUCUAAGCCGAAUCUGGCGGCUUGUGGCCGCUAUUCCCUCUCUCUCUCUCUCUCUCGUCUCCGCCGCCUCUCGGGCUGUCCCUUCCCCUAGGGCUACUUCUCCUUCCUUCCUCCCAAGAAACCCCACAAAACCCUACCACUGCCGCACCACUCGAUCGCUCUCGCAAUCCUAGGAUUCCCACCCCCGUCGAACGAAGGAUUAAGAGAAUUACCUUCUUGGGAUGGAUCGAGUUCUCGCUUCGUCUCCACACCUCGAAUGAAACAAAUGAGAUCAAAAGUAGGAUUUUUGCCUCCCAUUCUGCUUCUUUCCCCUUUUUGGGCAAGCAGAUUGCUUAUUGUAGCAUUAUCAUCUAUUAAAAUCACUACUUUGCAAUCAUCGUCCAAUUCUUUUGUGCGGGAAGAUAUACUGUUAGCUCAGUAUAUAUAGGCGGAUUUAAAAGAAAAAACUUUGGAAUCAGAUCAUGCUCUUUUUGCGCACUGUUCGCAGACUCUGUGCUGCUCUUGAUGCUUUUGCUGUCACCGUUAUAGCCGCCAGUAUUUCUAAAUCACGAACCAAAACCGAUCUCGCCGUCGCUGCUAGCCCAUCAUCACAUAUUCCUGAAAAUUUCCCAACAAUUGUCGCUUGCAAAGCUGCCGUUCUGAGGAACCGCUCAAGCCCGAAGCCUGAUACCGAUACCGAAGUAUCUUCAGACAUUAAUUCAAUUAGUGAGCCAGCCCUUUUGAAGAUUAAGACAGAGAGAGACCCGGAGAAGCUCUUCCAACUUUUCAAAGCCAAUGCCCACAACAGCCUUGUAGUGGAGAAUCGCUUUGCCUUCGAGGAUACUGUCUCCCGCCUUGCAGGGGCUCAUCGCUUUGACCUCAUUGAGCACCUUCUCGAGCACCAAAAAACCCUUCCCCAAGGCCGGCGUGAGGGGUUUAUUGUUCGGAUCCUUGUGCUCUAUGGGAAAGCUGGGAUGCCAGAUCAUGCCCUCCGGACCUUCCAUCAGAUGCACCUGUUUGGGUGCCUUCGGACCGUCAAAUCAUUCAAUGCCACACUCAAGGUCUUGUCUGAAGCUCACAGAUUUGAUAAUGUCAGGAUGUUUUUUGAUGAGAUUCCUGCCAAAUAUGGAAUUGAGCUGGAUGUGAUUUCGUAUAAUACUGUUAUCAAGGUUAUGUGUGAUAUGGGUAGUCUGAAUUCUGCUUACUUGGUCAUGGUGGAGAUGGAGAAGGCAGGACUUAAACCGGACGUGGUUACAUAUACCACACUUAUAUCGGCAUUUUAUAAGCAUGGUCAGGGUGAGAUUGGUGAUGGGUUAUGGAAUCUAAUGGCGAUUAGGGGCUGUUCACCAAAUUUAGCGACUUUUAAUGUUAGAAUUCAGUAUCUGAUUAACAGAAGAAGGGCUUGGCAAGCCAAUAGCUUGAUACGUAGGAUGUAUGUUUCUGGUAUAAAACCAGAUGAAUUGACCUAUAAUCUGAUUAUUAAGGGAUUUUGUAUGAUGGGUGAGCUUGAAAUGGCAAAGAGGAUUUUUUAUGCUAUGCAUGGAAGGGGAUGCAAACCAAACAGCAAGAUCUAUCAGACCAUGGUUCAUUACCUCUGCAAAGAAGGAGACUUUGAUUUGGCAUUCAGGUUGUGCAAGGAUAGCAUGGAAAGAAAUUGGUUUCCAAGCGUUGACACCAUUGAUAAACUGCUAAAAGGCCUUAUGACCAUUUCAAAGGACCGGAAUGCUAGGGAAAUUAUGAAGUUGGUUAAGGCAAGAACAUCUUAUUCAGCUGAUCAAAUGAAGUCCUUUCUGGACAUAUUGUCUUGUGGUAGGAGGAAGAAACAGCAUUGACAUUGGGUAUCAUUUGCUGAUGUACCUCUAAUGAUUUAGAAGAGCCGCAACACUUUUAUUCGCAUUCUUUUAUUUAUGUGGAUCAUUAAUUGGGCAUGCAAUAUUUUUUCGAUGUGGCAGAGGCUUCUGACCCUCUUCUUCAAAGCAUAAAUUAAUGUUGCCAUUCUAUCACUUUACUGGUACAGCAUCUUUUUGCAACACCAUUUUGACAUUAUGUGUGCGACUCUAGUAGCUCGCUUUAUGACCGUCUCUUGGAUGGUUAACAAGAUGUCCCAGGCUGUCAACAGGGUGGAGUUGAUGAUGAUGGUGAUGAUGUUGGACAAGCUUUGCCUCUCAGUAUCCUCAAGGUUGCCUUGUAUUCUGCUAGCUCCUAGUAGUCAUUGAUGAUAGCAGCUUUUGCUUUGUCGAAUGCAAAAUUCAGUACUCCGGAAGCCUGCGGUCAGAUGGCCUGUUGCUGGAAUAUGACAAAACACCCUGAAUUUUUUUUACAUGAUUACAAGUGAUUUUAAUGUUAGUGAUACGGCGAAUAUAGUGCUGGUCCUAGAUUUUUAACUAGUUUUUGGAAAAUCCACAAUUAUUAAAGCAUAUGAAGAAUAAAUUUGUUGCUUGUCUGACUGGCAGCAGCCUGUAUUUGUAUUAACUUGUCCAUAUUAAUCUGCGAAUAAUUGGAGGCAAAGGUCUUCACUUGUUUUUGGUGCUCA